AUGAUAAUGCCUCAACCCUUUCAUGUUAAAAAGGUUAUUUAAUAUUAAAGUAUCAUUAAACUUAAUAUCUGACUGCUUCUGUCUGCUCAGCCUUCACUUACUGAGAUUAACCCUUACAUGAAGAAUGAAUAGAAAGACAGACAAAAAACACCUCAAUAUAAACAAACAUCAUCACUUCACACACAUCUUACUGAAUCAUUUAUUCAACAUAAUCUGUUUAAUAUAAGGCUGUCAUUUUGUAAAUGUGUUGCAUGUUUGGAAUAUUAUUUCUGUAUAUAAUAUUUAACUAUAUUCUGUUUUAAUGGUGUGACUAUAGUCUAUAGGUGUUAGUCAUCAGUGUUUGAUGAGAUAAAAUCUCAUACAGCUUUUUGUUCCUGUCAGUUUGUGAUGAGCUGUGUUUGUGUUUGUAAUGAAUUCUCAAGAUUCAGAUUAACUAAACAAUAUCAAUAGAUAAUAUUAAGAAUAUCCCAGGGGUAAACUCAUGAGUUUACUAUGAACAUAAACAUAUAUUUAUAUUAUAUUUAUUUAGAAACACAUGUGAUUACUCCCCCUACUGUCUGACUGAUGUAAUGUCUCAAACUCUCUCAGUGCAGAUUAUGUGUCAUGUCUUUAUUGUGAUUGGUUUAUCAUGAACCAAUCACUCACCAGGCAUUAUUAAUAUUAUAGAAGUAUGUUUUUUUAUUGGUUUAAUAAAAUGUCUAUUGUAAUUUAUAUAUUCUAAUGAAUGUCCAGUGAUUUCCAGCAGGAUGCAGUCACUGGUUUGUUCUGCUCAGUUUCUUAGGUUUUAUAAUCCAGAUUUCACAUUGAAAAAGUUACAACGCAACCAAACUGUUGAAAUUAAAUUGUAUUACAAUUAAAAUCAACUUACCAAGAGCCCAAACCAAUUAUUUUUAAAAAAUUAUAUUCAUAGUAGUUUAACACAUAAAUCAAACAUGAGCCAAAUAUUGUAUUGUUACCUGUUUAAUAAAAUGUGUUAAACAAUAGUGAUUUAAGACAUGGAGCUUUGACAACAAAGAAAGAAAAAACAUUGUGCCUUCCCUCACUAUCCUGCACUAUUAUAUUACAUGGUUAGUUGAAUUUUGUUAGUUGUGUUUAUUACUGUUUUGUCUCUGCUAACCUUUGCCUAUCAGCACAGACUUGUAAAACAUUUCACCACCCAUUUUUAGAAUUUGAAUAUUAUUUAUCUAAAAUAUUAUUAGAUAAGUGCUAAUAUAAAGCUGUAUAUUAAUUAUUAUUCUUUUAUUGUGAGUGUUUUAAUGUAAUGUUUGGUCCUUUAUUUACAGUAUUUGCAUCAUAUCUGCAUGCAAAUCCAACACAAUGACAUAAGUGUAGUGUCUUCUGAGUUCUUUAUAUCUGUAAGUAGACAUGAAUGAUCUGUUGAUGGGGGCAAUUCUGUCUACUUACAGACACAAAAACACAUGCACUUUUAAACUCCCAACUUAUAUGAAUAAAAAAUGUACAUCUAUUGCAAAAAGUCCAAUUACAUUCUGACAAAACAUGUAAAACAAUACAAAUGUUAGUUAUUUUUAUAUUUGUUAUGAUUCUUUUUUUUAUUUAUAUGAUGUUGUUCAGACAAAACAACAACAACGCAAAUAUGGAUAGCGCUGAAAUAAAAUGAAUAUGAAUUGUGUUUGUAUUUAAAAACGAUAAGACUGACAGUUUAGGCUACUCGCCAUUAUUACACAGGGCGUGACGGACAGAACCGUUAUCACACACACACACACACACAGAGAGAGAGAGAGAGAGAGAGAGAGAAAUAAAUAGAAAAUAACCUCACUGCACAGCUUUAAAACUUUAACCCACAAUAUUGUUAGUGUUCACAUCAUGAGAUGUCUGUUGUGUUUAUGUCCCACUGUAUCUGUAAGAGCUGCUGUCUGUGCACGCGCAUGACGGACUCUCUGAGAGACGAAACGCGCGUGAUGUUACGGACUCUUUCUGCUCGAAUUAUAAAUAUAUCAUGACGACUUUAUCUAAUGUGAUCAUUUAAUAAUUCGGAAUAUCUUCAUCUUAAUGUCCCUCAGUGAUUCUUCUGUUCUGUGUCAGAGCACAUCGUCUAUUAAUGUUGCUGUUUAAUCGUUUCUUAAAUGCACAGCAUUUGCAUGCACAGCAGCUGUCAAUCAUCCUUUAACCCUGCCCACUUUAUUUAUUAUUUACUGUUACUAAGAGUGUUAUGAGUGAAUUUAUGUUAGCCAAUGAGAGACAGAGCUUUAAUGAAGAGGGAGGGGCUAUUACUUUGACACCUGAGGAUGUCCACUGUAAUGCUCCACCCCCAGCUCCUCCCCUUCCUCCUUCCCUGUUGUUGGGAGACCCCUCACAGAAUCAGAAGAGGAGGGUACGGAGCUUCUACUGGAAACCCAUUCCAGAGGAACGCAUUAAACAACAGGACAGGCCAAACUUGUGGACCCACGGCGGAGAACCCACGAUACACAUCGACAUCAGAGCUAUCGAGGAGCACUUCGGACAGCACGAUGAUGACACGCAGUCGUCCUCGACCACCGACAGGAAGAUGGCACAGAGACGAGGUUCUCUGAAGGAUCCCAGACAGCAGAUCACCAUCCUGGAUUUCAAGAGAAACAUGAAUAUCUCGAUUUUCCUCAAGCACCUUAAAAAGUCUGGUGAGGAUCUUCUGGAGGAUCUUCUUCAUUGGACUCUUCAUGAGACCUAUAGUGUGGAGUCUCUCAGAUCUCUAUUGAAGCUUCUGCCAGAGGAAGAGGAGGUGAGGACUUUAGAGAUGUUCAGUGGAGACCCUAAAGAUCUGACAACAGCUGAUGCGUUUAUGUACCGACUCAUCCAUGUGCCCAGGUAUCAGCUCCGUCUUGAAGCCCUGUUGUUAAAGAGAGAGUUUUUCCCUUCAUGUUUGACUAUGAAACAGGAGAUCACUGUAGUCCAGACUGCUAUUACAGAAAUAUUAAACUGUGAGGAGUUACACAGCGUCCUUCAUUUAGUACUACAAGCAGGAAAUCUACUGAAUGCUGGUGGAUUUGCUGGUAAUGUUGUGGGCUUUAAACUUUCAUCUCUGCUCUCACUCGCUGAUACUAAAGCCAACAAACCUGGAAUGAACCUGAUGCACUUUGUAGCUCUGGAAGCUCAGAAGAAAAAUUUGCUGAUGUUUCCAGAGAAACUUCUUCAUGUUCAACAAGCAGCUCAUUUGUGUGUUGACAGUAUACAUGUAGAGUUGAGUUCUCUGAGCAGAAGACUUCAUCAGGUUCAAAUGAAUAUUCACACAGAUGAUGAUCUACAGACAAAACUUCACUCAUUCCUGAAGAGUGCAGAUGAAGCUUUAACAGAUUUAAGGUUGUGUUGUGAUGAGAUGGUGAAUAAAGGAAACGCUCUGAUUGAUUUCCUCUGCGAGGACAAAGAAACUUUUAAACUGCACGAGUGUUUCCAAAUUUUCCAGAAUUUCUGCUCCAAAUUUAAAAAGGCCGUUCAGGAGAACGCUGAGCGAGAAAUGUGGGAGGAGUCACGCCGUAAACGUCUUAAGGAGUCAGAAGACAAGCGUCAGUCAUGGGCGGCUCACGAGGGUGUGAGAGGAUCCUUCGGCUUGAGGUCCAGCAGUGAGGCAGCUUUAAAGAGGGAGGUGCUUCUGGAUCUCCUCAGGAAACGGCCACAAAAUCCUGAUAGUCCCGUGUUGGAGUUCGGGAGUGUCCAACGCAUUCGACAACAGAAAGUCAGCAGUGAAUCAACAGACCACCGAGAUACAGAGACACAAACACGUUCUCCAAUACACACACUGUCCAUUACACACUCAUCAGAGAUACACACAGAAACACACACCACUGAUCUCCAUAGAAGUCCCAUAAUCAAAACCAAAUCUGAUCCAGACAUGAGCACAACAAAUUUCAAUCCAGAGGAAACAAAGAUACAAGAAACACAGGAACACAACCUUCAGUGUCAGCAAGCACCAGAAGAUGAAGAGAUGACCUCACGUGUGAGCUUAAUAAGAGAAUCUGAGGUCAUCUGUGAAAGUCAAAACCAAACUGAGGUCUCAGCUGAAGGUGUACAGCCAACGUAUCAAUACAAAAACAACCAGUCUCUCAGAACCAGUGGUGGAUCUAUACAGCUGAACCAAACAAGAAUCAACACGUCCCUGCCGAAAGCCCUUGACUCUAAACGCAGAUCAUCAUCUUCCUCUAAACUCUUAUCUUCAUCUAAACCAUCACCAUCUCCUAAAACCUCCUUUAAACCAUCACCAUCUCCUAAAACCUCCUCUAAACCAUCAACAUCUCCUAAAUCCUCCUCUGAACCAUCACCAUCUCCUAAAUACUCCUCUAAACCAUCACCAUCUCCUAAAACCUCCUCUGAACCAUCACCAUCUCCUAAAUCCUCCUCUGAACCAUCACCAUCUCCUAAAUACUCCUCUAAACCAUCUCCUAAAACCUCCUCUGAACCAUCACCAUCUCUUAAAUCCUCCUCUAAACCAUCACCAUCUCCUAAAACCUCCUCUGAACCAUCACCAUCUCCUAAAACCUCUUCUUCAUUCUCAAAGUCUUCACACCAGCGGCCCAUUCGCACCCUGAUCCCCUCUGAGACCCAGAGCUUGAGGAAGAUCGUUCCCAUCAGUCGACCCGGUUCCUCUGGUCCGCAGAAUCCCGAGCGGAAGUCUCCUGGUCAAGGUGACCUCAACAUUUCUAGUGCCAAGAAAAGGGAAUCACUUCGGCCGACUUCUGAGGAGAAGAUGUGUCGCGCUACGCUACGAACCUUGGCCACUCCCACCGUUCCAAACCUUUCCCAACCCACUCCAGGCUUCACUCGCGACACUGUGGCGUCCACCACACGACAUGGCGUCGCUCCUGCCGACAGAUCAAAUCAACCCUUUACAGCCAACCUUAAACGACCGCCGCUGACCCGCACGGCAUCACUUCGACUCUCACAAUCUCUCAGUCGAGAUCCCAAAAAGAGCAGCGGCGUUAUCUCCAAAAACUCUCAAGGAUCACUGAAUAAAUCUGUCAAGCCAACUUGGAAGUAGAGAGACACACACUGUUGUAAUAAUAAUGCUGAAAUCAUAAAUCUAUUUUUGUAUUGUUUUGAUGAUUUUAAAUCUUUAUAUUUAUAUCAUGCAGUUAUUAUUACACAGUUCAUCUGUGUUUACGUCAUUUAAACAGAAUUUAUCAUUGGCAGAUAUUUCAGUAGAAAUAAUUUAUUAAAUUUGAAGCCUAAUCAAACUUGGGACAAUGUACAAUUCAUUAGUUUUGUUAUUUGAAGCGAAUGUUUAUAUUUUAUGGAUAAAUUGAGCAGCUAUAGUGGAGGUUUUAUUAUCUGACAUCUUAAUCUUAUCACAGAAUAACAUUCUUGAAAUAAUGUGUAACUUGACACAACUCUAGACAUUCAUUUUUGCCAUCCUGUCCAAAUGCCCAUUACAGUA